UUUACAUCCCACUUGGAGGAACAUCUGGUCAAACGCAACAAUUUGGGGGCUUCGUCCGAGAUGACACGCUGACAAUUGGACCUUCUCUUGCAAUCUUCUGGACAGACUCACAUGGCCAAAACAUAAUUCAAGGUCAAAAGCUGCAGUACUCCCGCCUCCCACAAGGUUGGAAACUGUCGCCUGGCCUUUUCAACCAGCAAUUACGAGACGAUCUGGCCUCAGUGGAGCUUCCUGACGACACAUUUGUUGUCCAGUAUGUAGAUGACAUACUCAUCGCUGCUCCUUCUCCUACCUCAUGCCUGGCGGCCACCCUAGCUGUUCUUCAGCGUCUGGCCUCAACGGGAUACAAGGUCUCUCGUAAGAAAUUGCAGGUUGCCCGUUCCCUUGUUCAUUUCAUGGGGCGGGAGAUCUCCUCAACGGGGGUCUCCCUGUCCUCUGACCAUCGCCAGUCUAUCCUAUGUCAUCCUAAACCUUCUUCUGUCAAACAAUUACAGUCCUUCCUUGGAUUGGCUGGUUUCAGCCGCUCCUACAUUCCUUGUUUUUCCUUGAAAACAGCUCCUCUUCGUGCCCUCCUCCGCACUGCUGGAGUCCGCAACUCAAAUGCUGCCCUCCAGUGGACGGUUGAGGCCGAACAAGCUUUCAUUGACCUCAAGCAACAUUUGUCUUCUGCUUCUGCCCUUGCAGUACCAGACUACAAACUACCCUUCUACUUAGAUGUUUCUGAGAGUGAAGGUACUGCUAACGCUGUCCUUUUUCAGAAACCUGAAGGGGGAGGUAUAGGGGGAACGCGUUGCGUUUUAACCUACACCAGCAUUCUGCUUGACCUAUCUGAACUUCGACAUCACACAUGCUCGCAACAUGCUUCCACUUUGGCAAAACUGAUUGACAAAACGGCACACAUUGUCAUGGGACACCCACUUACAGUACUGACAAACCACACUGUCAUUGCAUAUGUAUCAUCACAUUUGUUUACCAUGACGCCACUCAAACAACGCAGACUCAUGAAAAUUUUGCAACAACCUCACAUAACUUUUACACACGAAGGAAUCAACAUGGCUGAUAACAUAAAUAGUGGAGAACUACAUCACUGUGAGGAGAGAGUUGCUUUGACUGAAAAGAUAAGACCAGACCUGUUGACCACACCCAUCCCAGGCUCCCACUGGCUGUUCACGGACGGCUGUUGUUUCAGACAUCCUCUAAAGGGAUUGCAGGCAGCUUGGUCAGUGGUACAGCAGUCCAGCUCAGGAGAAUGGGAGACCUUGGCCACCCAGACACUUGACGAACAGCUGUCGGCACAAAGAGCUGAACUUGUGGCUUUGACAGAAGCCCUAAAGCAAGGAAAAGACUACGAAGUGACUAUCUUUACAGACUCGGCUUAUGCCUUCAUGUCAGCUGUCAUUGACCUUCCUAAAUGGAAGAGAAAUGGCUUCCUGACUGCUGAAGGACAUCCGAUUAAAUACAAGACAGAAAUGGAAGCACUGGAAACAGCGCUGCUCCUACCUAAAAGGAUAGCUAUUGUCAAGUGCAAGGGACACAGUAAGGAAAAAGGGACAGUAACUGAUGGUAACAACUUUGCUGACUCCGUAGCUAAGCAAACUGCUGGCUAUGACAAGACUGGAAUUAUCAUGACUGCCACUGCCUGCCAGACAGAACUCCUACCUGCCCUGUCUGAUAAUGAAAUCAGAAAACAUCAGGAGCAGGCCUCACCACAAGAGAAAACUUUGUGGCUGAGAAGAGGCGCUAGACAAGACCCGACAGGUCUUUGGCGAGGGCCAAAUGGUCACCUGGCCUGGCCCCCAGGAAUUAGACAAAAAAUGCUCCGAUGGGCCCACGGUCCCGGACAUGUGGGGGCAAAGCAAACAAAAGCGAACUUGUCACUAUGGUGGCACCCCUAUUUGGAGAACAUUGUGGACAACCACGUCAGAUACUGCGAUAUCUGCCAGGACUUUAACCCCAGACCAACACUGAAACCAGAAAUGGGGACUUUCCCCAUUCCGGCACAAAAUGGUGAAGAAUGGACGAUCGAUUACACUGACAUGAUCAAUCCGGUACAAGGGAAAAGGUACUUGCUAACUUGCGUUGACAAUUACAGUGGAUGGCCGGAAGCAACUCCAACCUCAAAAGAGGAUGCAAAAUCAGUAAUUAAAUGGCUUGUUAAUGACCUAAUUCCCCGACAUGGUUUCCCCAAAAAGAUUAGGUCAGACAACGGCACCCAUUUCAAAAAUACUCACCUAGCCUUGGUCGAAAAGGCUCUCGGACUAGAACACAGGUUUGGUUCGGUGUACCAUCCUCAGUCCCAAGGUAAGGUCGAGAGAAUGAACCAAAACAUCAAGACAAAAUUGGCAAAAAUCUGUGCACAGACCAAAUUGAAGUGGGUUGACGCGUUACCAUUGGCUUUAAUGACCAUCCGAAUGUCCAUGAACAAAACUGGUUUUUCACCCUAUGAACUGCAUUCAGGUCAGCCCUUCCCAGGACCAGCUGCCUCCCUGGAAGGAAGAAUCAGCGUAAAACCAAAAUGGUACUUUGAACAAAUUCAGAAUUUGUGUAAUAAUUUCUCUGCACAGAUUCGUGGACAACAAUCCACUCCUCCAGGGACCCUCCCUCCCGUAGAGUGGGUCAAGCUCAAAGUCAUCAAACGCAAGUGGACGGAGCCCAGGUGGACUGGUCCCUUCAAGGUCGUGGAACGGACGUCUCACGCCCUUCGACUAGCUGGUAAAGGGGACACCUGGUACCACCUCUCCCUCUGCACUCCUGCUGAAGAACCUGACAGAUCACCAGCGGAUGUCAUUGCUGACAUAGCCACAUCAUCUGCCCCACUCGACCCCCUAGCAGUGCCUUUUCAGCCUGAGGCAGCUGAAGAAGAACGGGAGCAGAAAACGACUCAUUUUUAGUGUGUGUGU